AUGGACGUGGACGUGGACGUGGAAUUGGACGUGGACAUGGACGUGGACGUGGACGGGGACCUGGACGUGGACGUGGACGUGGACCUGGACGUGGACGUGAAUGUGGACGUGGACGUGGACAUGGACGUGGACUUGGACGUGGACGUGGACGUCAACGUGGACCUGGACGUGGACGUGCAACACUCGAGGGUGUCCCGCAAGAGCAUUGCAACACUUCGGGGUGUGGAGCAUUGCAAUGCUCCGGGGUGUCCGGCAAGUGCACUGCAACGCUACAGGGUGUCCGGCAAGAGCAUUGCAACGCUACGGGGUGUUCGACAAAUGCACAGCAACGCUCCGGGGUGUCCGGCAAGAGCACUGCAACGCUCCAGGGUGUCCGUCAAGAGCAUUGCAACGUACCAGGGUGUCCGCUAA